AUGGCCCAUAAUUCCCCGAUGGUUUCGAUUCCGAAGAAGUCUACGGAUGAAGUGGACUGGACCUCACCAAUACGGAGCGCAAUUUCACAUUCAUAUGGUGAGGAUCCGGACAACUACGCUACGGAAUGUGCGAAUUUGCAGCGCUGCAGGCAGGAUGCAGUCAAGGGUGCUGGUAGUGAUAUGACAGCCCGGGACCUAUUGUACAAAUAUUUUGGCCAACUCGAGCUCCUGGAGUUGCGAUUUGCUGAGAUCCGAGUGAACUUCCCGUGGCGAGAUGCAUUCACGAACAAGCUCAUCAUGCAGACAUCCAUCGCGUACGAAAAGGCGUCCAUCAUCUUCCAAAUCGCUGCGACCCACUCUGCCAUUGCUUCUACCCAAAAUCGCUCCGACCCCGAAGGUUUGAAACGAGCAUUUUAUUAUUUCCGUACAUGUGCGGGGAUGCUCACGUACAUAAACGACAACUUCCUGCAUGCCCCUUCGACCGAUCUCAGCCGGGAGGUCAUUAAAUUCUUGGUGGGGAUCAUACUUGCCCAGGCAACGGAAGUCUUCUUUGAAAAAUGCACGGACGAAAAGAAAGGAAAUGCGCUGGUUUCGAAGAUCGCCUCUCAGGCAGCGUCUAUGUACACGACCUUGAGCGAAGAGGUAAAGGAAUUCAUGGGUAAGGGUAUAUUCGACCGGAAUUGGGUGACGAUCGUUCAGGCGAAAGCAAAGUAUUUUACAUCUAUGUCCCAAUACUAUCGAGCGUUAGCGGACAGCGCUGCCGGCAAGCACGGAGAGGCACUCGUCCGCUUAUCUCUCGCAGAAACCGCUGCCAAGGAAGCAAAUCGAUCUGCCACAUCCUUCUCUUCAGUUUUCGUGACACAAAUGUCGCCCAAUCUCCCGCCAGACGCUGGUUCUACCCUUCUUGAUCUUACCAAGGCACAUCUGGCGCUCUGUACGGAGCGGAAAAACGAGGCACAACGAGAGAACGACCUGAUCUAUAACGCCGUACUGCCCGCGGCAGACGCGCUGCCACAGAUUGACAAGGCUGCCGUGGCCACCCCGAUAACGAUACAGGAGGUCUACGCAACUGCAGACGUGCAGAAGGUCAUAGGACCUGACAUGUUCGUGCGGCUUAUCCCCCUCAGUGUCCACGAAAGUGCCAGCGUCUACUCUGAAGAGAAGGCAAAGCUUGUCCGCGCGGAGGUGGAAAAGGCCGACGAGGCCGAAGUAGAAGUCAGAAGUGCCCUAGACUCCAUGGGUGUAAAGCAGGGUUUAGUGCGGUUCAAAGCUAUCGUUGAGGGUGGCGUCGGUGGCGAGGAAGAAGUGCCUGUCGAUGUGCGGCGUUGGCGGGAAGAUAUUAGCGUCAUGGAAAAACGGGAAAGUGUCGAGAUGCUCAUGGCGCAGCUAAAUAGGCUCAAAGAGGCUGUCAAGGGUGAAUUGGACGGCGUCAGCAGAGAUUUGGAGGUCGAGAGCAAGGAGUGCGAGGCAAUGCGCGUGAGAUACGACCAUCUCUUCAACCAGGCGCCCUCCGCCUCUCUUACGAAGUCGCUACGCCAAGAUUUGAAGUCCCACUUAAGCGCUCUAGAGGCAGCGGCUCAGUCCGAUCAGCAGGUGGUCACCCUCUGGAGUGCUGUGAAGACAGAGGUUGGAUUAUUGCUAUCUCCUCAGGUAGAGGAAGUCUUCCGAGCAAGCACCGAGCAGGCAGGGGCUGGAUCGGAGAAUCUUCUUGAUAUUGACGUAGGGAGCGAUACCACGGACGACGACGAACGGGCUAAGGUUGCGCAGCAUGUCGACGAAAUUGAGGAGCGGCUGGGUAGGCUUAAUAAAAUUGCGCACGAAAGGAAUCAAGUUCUCAAAGACUUGAAGGAGAAGGUGCAAUCCGAUGACGUAUCUCAUCUUCUACUCCUCAACCGCCGAAAUAGUGGUGUAGAAACCAGUUUAUUCGCUGGCGAACUAGAGAAAUUCCGACCAUAUCAACAACGUUUGGCAGCCACCGUGCACCAUGAACAGGUUGCUUUACAAGAUGUCUCUGCACUAUGGCGUAGCUUGAAAGACCUUGCGGGUCGUGGGCCAGGCGCUAAGAAGUGGGAAGAACGGGAGAAGCGCAAGAAAGAGACAAUCCAACGAUUUUCACGUGCGAGGGAUGGAUAUCUGGAAGUUAGGGAUGGCCUUGCAAAAGGCUUGCAAUUCUAUAAUGAGCUCACAGUGUUAACCACCGGUCUCCGGCGCAAUGCAAAAUCGUUUGUAGCUGAACGAACAGCAGAGCGAGAAGGAAUUGCUGCGCAGGCAGAAAUACAGCGACGAGCAUCGAUGUCAGUAGCUCUACCCCCGCUGCAAAAGCCUCAGGUCCCACCACCUCCUCCUCGGCCUCAAGGCUCUCCUUUGUCAACAGGCUUCGAUUCUUCAUUUGCUGCUAUGAGCCUGAAUAGAAGGAACGGUCCGGCUUCUCCCCCCGUACCUCCUCCACCAAGUCAGAACUCUUGGGGUCCCAAUACCCUCGCACCUCCCUCGUCGCAGCAAUAUUCAUCUGCCCCACCAUCUCAACCUCUUCGUCCACCAUAUUCUUCUCAUCCUCUAUCUACUUCCCCUUCCCAGCCACCCUCUCAACCUUCUGCACCUCCAGUCGACCCAUAUGCUGGCCUUGGCAUGUUCGCUAGCAGCGCCAGCCCAUCGCCUUUCCCACCAUCCAACCAACCGUCUGCCCCUCUACGUCCGUCGCAGCCACAGCAACAAAUAUCGUAUUCACAACCCCAGCAAUUAUCCUACGCGCCACCUCAGCGUCAAGGAUCAUAUCCUCCGCCGCCCCCACAGCCUGCGUAUGGUUCAUACCAGCCGCCACCACCCUCAACUUCACCGUUCCCGCCGCCUCCACCUCCUGUCAACUAUCAGUCACAUUACAGCUCGCCGCCUCCGCCUCCCGCCCAACAACAGGGCGGGUAUCAGUACCAAGGAUUCCCGCCGCCGCCUUCUCAGCAGCAACCUCCGUAUGGACAGUACCCACAGGGAUAUGGAAGAUAG